GGCCUCCAUGCUUAUCUCAAGACCGUAAAUACUCGCUCAUCUCCAUCGGGAGUCUCGCUCUUUGCAGCGUCCCUACCACCUCCAUGUCCGUCUUCGAUCCUGAGGACAAGCAUGUCAGCGACGACAGCUCGCUUGAGCGAAAGUUGAGCUCGGAGAAGGAGUACCUUUCUGUUCCUUACCCCGAAUUUGAUGACCCAAAUUUUGACCGAGACUCAGUGGACCUUGAGGAUGAUUCGCCAUAUCCCGAGGUUCGGUCUGCAGUCGCAAACACCGACGACCCUGACAUGCCCGUGUGCACGUUUCGUGCAUGGGUCAUUGGUGUCGUAUGGUCCAUCAUCAUCCCUGGCAUGAACCAGUUCUUCUUUUUCCGAUACCCAUCAAUCACCGUUACAGGCAUUGUAGCACAACUGUUAUCCUUUCCGGUAUGCCAAUUAUGGGCACGAAUCAUGCCGAGGGUGAAGAUAUUCGGCGUCUCCAUCAAUCCUGGUCCUUUCACGGUGAAAGAACACGUCCUGAUUACGAUCAUGGCUACUGUUGGCUAUACUUCUGCCUAUGCUACUGACAUCAUCGCCGUUCAGCGUGUAUAUUAUGGUCAGACGUACAACUUCAGUUACCAAUGGAUGGUUGUUAUGUCCACCCAGCUCAUUGGCUUCUCCAUUGGAGGCGUUUGCCGUCGUUAUCUGGUCCAGCCACCAUCAAUGAUAUGGCCGGCAAACCUUGUCACUUGUGCGUUGUUCAACACCCUUCACUCUCAGCAAUAUGUCGGAAUGGGAAAUCGCGGUGGCAUAUCUCGCGAGCGAUUUUUCACGUAUGCAUUUGUGGCUGCCGUCUGCUGGUACUUCUUCCCGGGAUACAUUUUCCAAGCGCUCAGCGUCUUCACCUGGGUGUGUUGGAUAGCACCCGAUAACGUGGUUGUGAAUCAGCUCUUUGGCUAUCAGUCGGGUCUGGGGAUGUCUCUCAUCACCUUUGACUGGAACCAAAUUGCGUACAUCGGCUCUCCUCUGGCGACCCCAUGGUGGGCAGAAGCCAACGUUGCUGUUGGAUUCGUCUUCUUUUUCUGGUUCCUUACUCCCAUUCUAUAUUACACAAACACUUGGUACGCCAAGUACAUGCCAAUCUCUUCACGUACGUCCUUCGACAACCAGGGGAGGUCAUACGAUGUCACGAAGAUCAUUAAUGGGGACUGCUCCUUGAACACGGACAAGUACCAAGCAUACUCCCCGCUGUUCCUCCCGACUACGUUCGCGAUGUCGUACGGCUUGUCGUUCGCGGCGAUCACGUCGACGAUCAUGCAUACCAUUCUGUACUUUCGCAGGCAGAUCUGGGUCCAGUCUCGUCGCUCGCUGUCUGAGGAGCCUGACAUCCACGCGCGCCUCAUGAACCGCUACCCGCAAGUGCCGGAUUGGUGGUACGGUGUCAUACUGGUGUCAAUGUUUGCCUUCGGCGUAAUAUCCAUUGAGAUGUGGAAUACAGAGUUCCCUGUCUGGGCGUUGAUUUUAGCACUGAUCAUUUCAUUUGUAUACACCGUACCCAUUGGUAUGAUCCAGGCCAUUACCAAUCAGCAGAUUGGUUUGAACGUCAUCGCCGAACUGAUCAUCGGCUAUGCCUUGCCUGGGAAACCGAUCGCGAUGAUGCUGUUCAAGACAUGGGGAUACAUCACCAUGUGUCAAGCUCUUCAGUUUGCAUCGGACAUGAAGCUGGGGCAUUACAUGAAGAUUCCCCCUCGGCCUAUGUUCUGGGCUCAGGUGAUUGCCACUGUCAUUGCCGGGACUGUUCAGCUCGCCGUCCAAGCGUGGAUGUUCGAUAACAUACCAGACAUGUGCCAAGCUACCCAGAAGGACGGCUUCACAUGUCCGUCAACGGAAGUAUUUGGCACAGCCUCCUUCGUCUGGGGCGUGAUUGGACCGAAACGUCAGUUCUCCAAGGGUCAGAUUUAUUACGGCCUAGUCUUCUUCUUUGUCGCUGGCGCAAUAUGCCCACUUAUCUCAUACCUCAUCUCGCUGAAAUACCCCAACUCUAUCUUCAAAUAUGUUAACUUCCCUGUAAUAUUUAACGGCACCCAGCUUAUCCCUCCCGCUUCUGCUGUUAACUAUGUUCCCUGGACCAUCGUGGGCUUCACCUUCAAUUACAUCAUCCGACGUCGCCACUUCUCUUGGUGGACGAAAUACAACUAUAUAUUGUCGGCAGCAUUGGACUCAGGCGUCGCAAUAUCUGUAAUUCUCAUUUACUUCUGCUUGCAAUACCCCGCCAAUGGCAGCAUUGGCGAGAAAACUAUCCAAUCCUGGUGGGGCAAUACCGUGUACAAAAACACUUCUGACUACAAGAGUACCCCGUUGCUCUCAGUGGGAAAUGGGACGUUUGGUCCGAAGAAUUGGUAGAUGAAAGAAUUUAUGACGGGCAAUUUGUGUGAGUUAUUUAUGAGGCGGUUGCUUUCAUGUACUUUUGCUGUUGCAUACCCUAGUGUGUGUUAGAUCUAGUUGCUCGUGUAUGACGCUGUUUUGGACUAUAGAGAAGUUGAAGAUACGAAAGCUUCUUGUACGUUAUUAUAUAUGCUUCAGCUUCCGGUCCUCUCGUCUUGCUGGUCUGAAUCAUUGCUUGC